GUAUACUUUGGAUUAUCCCACAUUUUCGUCGUUCCAGAAAUUUCGAGCCCCUAAAAAACGCCAUUCCAAUAUUUCCAUAUCAUCAACUCGUAAGUCGUAAGCUGUAGCAGAAGAAAGCACAACAACAAAUGUCGAAGACAUUGGUACAGCCUAUAGGGCAGAAGCGCCUCACUAAUGUUGCCGUCGUUCGAUUGAAGAAACAUGGCAAUCGCUUCGAAAUUGCUUGUUACAAGAACAAAGUCCUCUCUUGGCGUUCUGGCGUAGAAAAAGAUAUAGAUGAAGUGCUGCAAUCCCAUACUGUGUAUUCCAAUGUAUCGAAAGGAGUCCUUGCGAAAUCUAAGGAUCUGAUGGCUGCUUUCAAGACAGAUGAUCAGACAAAAAUUUGUUUAGAGAUUUUGGAGAAAGGAGAGCUUCAAGUUGCAGGGAAAGAGAGGGAGGCCCAGUUGUCUAGUCAAUUUCGGGACAUUGCAACCAUUGUCAUGCAGAAGACUAUUAAUCCGGAGACCAAACAUCCGUACACAAUUAGUAUGAUUGAACGUUUGAUGCAUGAUAUCCACUAUGCUGUUGAUCCUCAUGGUAGUUCGAAGAAGCAGGCACUAGAGGUUAUACGUCAGCUUCAGCAGAAAUUUCCCAUCAAAAGAUCUCCAAUGAGACUGCGAGUCACUAUUUCUCCACAAAGCUUUCCUUUAGUCAUGGAGAAGCUAGAAAAUUGGCAUGCCGAUAUUGUGGCGAAGGAGGAAUCUGGCAGUCAACUUUCAGUUGUCUGUGAAUUGGAUCCGAGUCUAUUUCGGGAUUGUGAUGGUUUUGUGAGGAAUUUACAAGGAAGGAUAGAAAUUCUUGCUGUCUCUGUUCACGCGGAAGGAGAUACUUCUGUUGAUCAUUAUGAUGAAUUUAAUGAAGACAUUUCACCAAACUUGCCCAAGGAAUCUGUAUUUGCAGAAGCUUCUGGAGAUUCUGUUCUCCAGCUAAGUGAGAGAUUGCAAAAACAGUCUGUUUCAACAAGUACUAAAAAUUCUGGAGGGGAAGUGAAGCAAAACAAAUGCAGCACAUGCAAUGCCUUGGUAGGUGACGCAAAGCAAUACAGAGAGCACUUCAAGAGUGAAUGGCAUAAGCAUAACCUGAAGCGCAAGACUCGAAACUUUCCUCCCAUUAGUGCUGAAGAAUGUUUGGCUGAUAUGGAAUUAGGCGACUCAAAGGAUGAUCUGAAGGAAUACUCAUUUUGAAGUAAUUUCACUGUGCGUACAGUACUGAUGCUGCUAUUAAGUAACUGAUAUUAGGGGGUUUUGCUUUCUUGUGUAUAGAAGUUUUGGAUGUCACCAAGAGGAUUUAUGUUACUGUAAAGGAGUGAAAUUGGAUAAUCUUGUAGUCUUUUUUGUUAGUCAAAAUUUGGAGGAAUGUUUACUGCAACUGUUACCGAAGCAACGUGGAAAUAGAUUUUGCAUA